UUCUCCGGGCGAUGGUGGAAUGCACUUUACGUGAGAAGUGCUAUACUAUAAAUUUACUAGCGUUUACUUCUGAGUUUACAUAUUUACCUAAGCAACGAGAUGGAAUAUCGAAAUGGAAAGGAAACUAGUGAGGUCUCGAAUUCAAUUGCAGACAAUCAGCUACCAAGAAACACCGCCAAAUGAAGAUGCGAGCAGUACGACAGCCAUGAAACAAACGGACGACAGUGAGCACCAGAAGUGGAGCAAUAGCAUCGAGUUCUUGCUGUCAUGUGUGGCGCUUUCCGUUGGAUUCGGAAAUGUUUGGAGAUUCCCUUACACUGCCCUACAGAACGGAGGAGGCGCAUUUGUGAUACCAUACCUGAUUGUGUUGUUUGUAGUCGGAAGACCCAUCUACUAUUUGGAGAUGGUGAUGGGACAGUUCUCGAGCCGAGGAUGCGUCAAAGUAUUCGAUGUCUGUCCGCUGAUGCGGGGCAUAGGGGUCGGACAGGCAAUCACGAUGUUCAUACUUGUAGGAUACUACGCUGCGAUGCUAGCGCUGUCAGUUAGAUUCUUUCUGGAUUCAUUCCGUAGUCCUUUGCCCUGGAGCGAAUGUGAGCGCGACUGGUUGGAUUGCAUUGAUUCUAAAUUUACUGGACAAACGUCGGUUGUUAACGGCACAGUGACUCCAUCGGCUGACUUCUAUUUCACUAACAUCAUCAUGAAGCUAGUGCCAAACAUUGACAACGGAAUUGGGGUUCCGGAUUGGAAAUUGGUCCUUUGCUUGCUAGCUUGUUGGAUCUGCAUUUUUGGACUUCUGGCCAAAGGAAUCAAAAGCUCGGGAAAAGCAUCAUACGUAUUGGCUGUUUUCCCUUACGUGAUUCUAGUGAUGCUGCUCAUCCGUUCCUGUACUCUCACCGGUGCUCUCGACGGUAUCAAAUAUUUCGUGCAGCCUCAGUGGGAAAAAAUACUGGAACCAGAUGUUUGGUACGCAGCAGUCAGCCAAUGUUUCUUCUCUCUGACCAUUGGGCUAGGAGCAGUGAUCGUCUUUUCGUCAUUCAAUAACUUUUCCAGCAAUAUUUAUCGCGACGCCACCAUCAUAUCCAUUCUCGACACACUCACCUCGAUGGUUUCCGGCGUGAUUGUGUUCGGGAUCGUCGGAAAUGUAGCCUACGUUACGCAGCGAGAGGUUCCGAAUGUAAUGAAAGCCGGACCACAGCUAACCUUCAUCACCUAUCCGGAUGCCAUCGCUAAGAUGGACUUUGCGCCCAACUUUUUCGCCGUGAUGUUCUUCCUGAUGCUUGUCGUACUGGGAUUGGGCAGCAGCAUGGGAAUCGUGACGACCAUUCAGACUGCAAUCCAAGAUCGAUAUCCGAAGGUGACGAUCUGGAAGAUUGUUUUGGUUAUUUCCACGGCUGCAUUCUGUUACGGCUGUGUGUUUCUCACUCCGGGCGGCAUGAUAAUAUUAGAUCUGGUGGAUUACUAUGGAGUUACGUUCGCCACCCUUACUUUAGUUAUCCUUGAAGUCAUCGCGUUUUGUUGGAUUUAUGGCGUGAAACGAAUCUGUAUUGACAUCCAGUUUAUGCUAGGAAUUAAGAGCGGCAUUUUCUGGAGAGUUUGCUGGGGUUUCCUGACUCUAUUCAUCAUUGGAGCAAUUUUCGUACUGGAAGUAAUCAGAUACGAAUUGAAGGACGUUCCAUUGGGUUACAAUGUGUUCGGAUGGUGCUUAUACAGCUUUUCGGUGCUGCAGGUCGUUGGCUGGGCAGUUUAUGCAGUUUUAAAACGACCAGAGAAGCGAGUACUGAGGAAGUUUCUUCGUGCGUUAGAGCCAACAGAUGACUGGGGACCUGACAGUGCAACCCUGAAAAAUGAUUAUAAUGUGGCAGUUCGACGAUACAAGGAUUCUCUAAGCUUACGAAAUAAGAAUAUUGUAGAGAGAAUAUGUCUACGUCUUUUCAAACGAUAAACUAUGGUUUGGCAUCACUGUGAGUUGUGAAUUUGGAGGCUUGACAUUUGGUUCAGCCUGGAUUUCAACAAUAAUGACACACAUUUAGGUUUGAAACCAGUUUGUGGGUAUUUUAAGCUCUAUUUGGUACUUUGAAUGCUUAAAUUGAAGUUUUAAUUGUGGUCCUUCCUUUGAUUGUUAGUUUUAAGUUGAAUAUUUUACUAUACAUUCCGCAUGUUAUCAUUGCGGAAACGGACGUAUCUAAAUAAUAUAUCGAUAAAUAAAAAAGUGAUUAAAACCUCUCCAUUAUUUCCUAACAGAAAUUAUUUGCGCAUUCUAUUCUUUUUUAUUUAAAUUCAAUUGAACACUUGACAUAGCCAGUAGGGCAGAAAGGGUCACUUGAUCCCCAUUUUGUUUGUUCUCAUAA